UCAAAACAACGUGGGGCCGGUUACACGGUGUGUGGAGGCUGUCCUGACUGCAGCUCCUGUGUGUGUGUGUGUGUGUGUGUGUGCGCGUGCUGUGGGCCGGGUCAUGCUCAUCCAGAGGUGUGUCUCCGUCUCUAAACUCACAGCUGCAUUAGUGUCCUCAGCAUCCUGGAAGCACGUGCGCGUCUCGAGUCAGUCGGCAGCGAACAUGGCAGAGGAGGCGAAGAAGCUGGCGGCGUACGCUGCUGUGGACAACCACGUCCAGAACAACCAGGUGGUCGGAGUGGGCAGCGGGUCGACCAUCGUCUACGCUGUGGACAGGUUAGCUGAGCGAGUGCGUCAGGAAAAGCUCAACAUCGUGUGUGUGCCGACUUCCUUCCAGGCUCGUCAGCUGAUUCUGCAGCACGGCCUCACGCUGUCGGAUCUGGACAGGCACCCAGAGCUGGACGUGGCGAUUGACGGAGCGGACGAGGUGGACGCAGAUCUCACGCUGAUUAAAGGUGGAGGCGGCUGCCUGACUCAGGAGAAGAUCGUCGCCGGCUGUGCCAAACACUUUGUCGUCAUCGCAGACUACAGGAAGGACUCCAAGGCGUUGGGCCAGCAGUGGAAGAAGGGAGUUCCUAUCGAGGUGAUCCCCAUGGCGUACGUUCCCGUCUCCAGGACGAUAGCCAAACGCUUCGGAGGAGAGGCCAACUUACGGAUGGCUGUCAGUAAAGCAGGUCCCGUGGUCACUGACAACAGCAACUUCAUCCUGGACUGGAAGUUUGAGAGCGCUCAGAACUGGAAGGAAGUCAACACUGCCAUCAAGAUGAUUCCAGGUGUUGUUGAGACCGGGCUCUUCGUCGGCAUGGCUGAGCGAGCCUACUUCGGGAUGGAGGACGGAAGUGUGCAGGUUCGAGAUCCUCCAAUCAACUGAGGAGUUGACCUUCCUCACUGUCGCCCCUCCUCCCAAACGACCUCACUUUACCCACAAGUGCCGUGUUCCUGAUUUCCGCCCGGUCUCAGCCUGCGUUUGGACGGAGCUGCACCUCCUGCAGAUCUGGACCAAACUGUAACUGGGAUGUUUUCUCACUCAUCUCAAACCAGAUAGAAACAGGAUCACUUGGUUUUCCUCAUCCUGCAGGUGGUGCUUCUGACACUGUGAGAUUUAAAGUGCCUGAUGAGGAAGACCAAGUGCGUCUGAUACGUUUAGUGUUUUUUAUUUUCAGUCUCGUUGUUCGGUUUGCACGACUGGUUGGCUCGUCCUGUAAUUAGCGGGUGUGACUGAAGCUGUGGUUCUCGACCAGCACGGCCGCUGAAUCACUGCAGUAUGAAACUAAGGUGUGCCUUGAGAUGAUAUUCUCAGUCCUAUUAAAAGAAACGAUGCUAUUAAAGAUACAGUUAAAAGCUCGUAAUUGUUGAUCAAACUGUUGCCAUCUGCUGCAGAUGAGUCGUCUGGUCUCGUGAAGGCUGGAGACGCCGUACACAGUCAGAACGCUGAUUUGCCUUCAAGUCUUUUUGUUUAAUUAGACGACAGAAAAGAGGAAUAAUAUGAAGUCUAUACUGCAACAUGCACAAGUUAUUUCUCAGCAAAUUAAUUAAUAUGCUAAUUUAAACUGAAAAAAAGCUCCAAAAUUAAUGAGAUCUCGGACAAUUUGGGGAAACCCUGUGGUGCAGGUAUGAAGCUCCAAUUAUUCGGUUAUUAGAGACACGUGACACCCGACAGUGUCGCCUGCGUUCAGUGCAGCACAGAGGUGGGCUGUAAUAAAUAUGAUAAAUGUAAUGUAGCUGCUCGUGGCUCUAAAACAGAGACGUGUCAGGAAAUGGUUUAGUAAUUACAACAGAAACAGGUCGUCACACAGCAGGAAGUAAUUGUGUAGAAGGAACAGUGGGCAGAGAACCUGUUCAAGUCCUCGUCCUCAUCGACUACAUGCACACGCACAAAAUAUUCUGGAUAUUACACACAGAAAAAAACAAGCAUGGAUCAAUGAUCAGGGUUCAUACGGUCAUGAAAGUCCUGGAAAAGUUAUCAGUUUUCCAGACCUGGAAUUGAUUUGAAAUCAACAACGUGUUCCGGAAAAGUUUUGAAUAAACAUUGUUUGCUAUUGUUUUAAACAUGUUCAUAAAAACUCCCAAACAUGUCUGUCAUUAUACAGAAUAUAAAAUCUGUGUGUGCUGUGCUUCGACCAGACCAGAUCAGCAUUGUGUCAUCACCAAGGCUCCACCUCCUUUUAGGUCACUGAUCCACUUGGACGGAGGGAAGCAUCCCUAAAACAAAAGUUUUAGAAAUAUAUGCAGACAAAGUUAUAAUCCACAAGGAGAAUGAAACAAACUAAAAUGCCACCAAAGUAAAAGAUGAAAUAAAGAAAACAAAAAUCAAGAUAAUACAUGAGAAUUAAAAUCAAUAAAAUGGACGGACUGCUCAGAUACAGUCAGGACAUGCUCUCCAACAGAAGCACAUUCUUUGGAGAGACGUGAACGAAGACAGUGACUCAGAUGAGAAGAAGAAUGUAUGUGGUCUUUUCUAUCCCCCAAAAAUGGGCGCGGCCUCGAUGUUUUUCAUUUGUGUUAUCUGCUGUAUCAGCAUGUGCAGCUGGAAUGCCCGAUGAGCAAGUCAAGUUAACAAGCGUCAGCAGUCAGCCAGCUCAUUUUAAAUUACUUAAAUUAAGUCGUGGAAAUGGGGUAAAAAUAUUCAUUUUUCAUGUGGUUGUCUCUCCAUCUUCUUUCCAACCUGUAAAACAUGACACGCCCACUGAUGUCAUCACUGUUCGCACUUCAGGUCAGAAAAACCUGCAGUUUUGGUUCCAGCUGAGAACCGACUUUUUAGGAUUUGAUGCAAUUUAGUUUUGUUUGAAAUGCAAACAUUCAAAUUGAGGUGCAGGAAGCAGCACAGAGCCGCCUCCAUGUUUGUGGUAAAAGUUUAAAUGUUUGUGCGACAGCAGCUCCUGGUUCGUUUUGUGACAACAGCGAUUCAUUUCUCAUCAUCUCAAACGUUUAGCCGCACCUGGCGACAUGUUUAUAUCCUCUUUACAAGGGGUUAGACUUGUUGUGGACAUUUCUGCAGGUUAGACGGCUUAUAACGUGACGUUAACCUGGAAACGGCUCCGUUCUGUCACAAGAGACUCCCGUAAGGCACAGGACCCAGAUACAGAUAUAAAUGUGUUUAUUUAAUUGUCCUGUCGUGUACGUCGUCGUCAUGAUAUGAAGAUAUUCUCGUCGGUUAUUAAAUUCUAACAUAUGGCAGCCUCUCGUGGACCAAUGAUCUGAUUUCCUGAGUGCAGACAGAGUUUGGGAAAUCUUUGUACAGUCACACUCGUCACUGAGCAGAGUUAAAGUCCACAGCUUCACUGUUGAUGUACCUUCAUGCCUGCACCUCCUCUACUGUGUCGGCUCUGUUUGUGCCAGUACGUUGCUGUUUAUUCCUCACACAAACCGUCUGGUCACAGUUCGUCAUGUGUCAUUGACUUCAGUUUAAACACAGCUGUAGAGAGACCUGCAGAACAUUGUGAGGUCGUGAUGAUGGGCUGUUACUCUGUGAUAUGGUCUAAUGUGAUGAACUGAUGCAGCUGAAAUCUGAACCAACAGCAGUGCACAUGUAUUUAAUGUACCUCGGCACGUCAAAAAGCAAUAGAUCCUGUGUUUGACUCUGAUGUAGCAACAUUGUGAUGUAGCUUAGCAUAAAGUCUGAACAACUGACGCUCAGAAUCACUGCUACAUGUUGUGAUCAGGUUUAAAAGAAAAUAUUUCAGGAUAUAUAUGUGUCAGAAAUGCAGCAGCUAAAAACAAAAGAUGAAUAUCUGAGGAUUAAUUUGAUUUGUGUGCAGCUAAUUUAAAGAAACAUUGAAGAUAUUUCAUGUCGUGUCAGUUCUUCCCUGAUUGAAUCAUAUUUCUCAUCAUUUCAAGAUGUUGAUGUCUUCAAAAAUGAAUGUGUUGUAAAAGAUGUUAUAUUCAUUGUGCAGAAAGCUUAUGUGAGAACAUGGCCCCUUUUCCACUGCAGCAAAACAUGGCUAACACCUGCUAACAUCUGGCUUUUUAAUCUAAUAGGAAAGUUUACAGUCUGUAUUCACACCUGGGUCGGGUGACGCUGUGGUAGCUGCAGGUAUUUAUCAGCUCUGGCUCCGAUGGGCAUUGAUGAAAACACAUUUUAGUCCCCUUAACCGUCGAGCUUUAGAGAGAUACACAAAGGUGCGUACACAGCUCUGAUCUACUGUCAGUGGGGAAACAGUCCCGCGCUUGUUGUUAGCGAGUUUAGCCAUGUUUAAAAAACCACAUACAGGCAUUAAUUUUGGUGUAAAAGGGGUUUUAUGUGUCUCAUGUCCGCAGCAUGGUACUCUCUUUGAAUUGUCUAAAAAUACUUGGAGUUUGUUUCCCACACACUUCCACCCUCCUCCGAUCAAACAGUAAUCAGUCAUGUUGUGUUUCAGAGGACACGUUACUGUCCGUCAUCUGUCUGAAAGCUGUGAUUGUUUGAUAUAAUUACUAAUAUGUUUAAUUUUUGAAUGCAGCUACUCACUCUGUUUCAGUUCAUGUUGCCUUACGCUUUAUUUCUGUUUGUUUUAAAUGUGCAGCUGUGAGAGACUCAGGAGAACAUCAAGCUCAGACGUGUAACACAAUCCUGUUUGUCUCCAAGUCACUGUUACUAGGUUCAGGUCAGAACUGGAGGACGUGUCGGCCUCAGUGGUGUGUAGACAAACUAGACUGGGAGUAUGUGGCCCAGUUUGGGGCCAGUAUGAUCUGCACACUAUGAUAUUUCUGCACCAGCAUUUCUAUUCUUCCUUCCUUCACCAGGUGACUGUGAUCAUGAUGUUAAUGUGAAGGUACUAUUUCCUUUGUCAGCCAAUACAGACGUGUCAUGGUAACACCCA